UAAACCAGAUAGAGCCACGAUUGGCCGCAGGCUCCCAUUCCCGUUGUGACAUCUGUUGUGAAGUCACUGCUGCACGUGCAACGGCCGCCGAUGGCAUCGAUCGAGGGAGGCAGCCGAGAAGAAGGGCGUCUAGCCCAGGUCCUGGGGACGGGGCUACCGGCAGCCCUGCAGAGGAGACGCCUCAUGCGCUGGACAGCUCGCCGGCCCUCGUGAGGGAAACCAGACCUUCCUUAGGGACUGAUGAAGUUCCUCGCCUGUAGCCGCCGACGAGACUCCCUCUUGCCACCAUGCAGAAGCGGUCACCCCCGCCGGCGCUGAAACGACCCGCAAUUGGCAUCGAUUUGGGUACCACGAAAUCCUGCGUGGCGCUCUUUCGGGACGGCACGGUAGAAAUAAUCCGCGACGACCGGGGCGCCCGCGCCGUGCCCAGCUGCGUGGCUUUCACCGAGACCGGGAGGACGAUGGGAGAGGAGGCUAAGAACCGUGCGGCCCUCAACGCGCCGAACACCGUAUUCAGCGCCAAGCGCUUGAUUGGCCGCAGCUCCGAGGAUCCAGCUGUGCGGGCAGAGGUGGCCUUCUGGCCUUUCCAGGUCGUGAGAGCGAAGGAGAAGCCCCGGGUGCAAGUGUCUUACCAGGGCAAGAAGAAGGCUUUUUCCCCCGAGGAGAUCUCUGCCAUGGUGCUGGGCCACCUAAAGGAGAUGGCGGAGGCUUACGUGGGACAUCCCGUCACCCACGCCGUUAUCACGGUGCCGGCUCACUUCAACGACUCCCAGCGCCAGGCCACCAAAGACGCCGCAACCAUUGCUGGCCUCAACGCAGUGAGGAUCCUCAACGAGACGACAGCAGCUGCCCUGGCCUACGGCUUAGACAACCCUAGCAGCAAGGCACGCAACGGGCUCAUCUUCGACUUGGGUGGAGGAUCCUUCAGCGUCUCUGUUUUCACCAUGGAUGGGGGCAUCAUUGAGGUGAGGGCCACGGCGGGUGACACCUGCCUCGGCGGAGAUGAUUUCGAUAACCGCCUGGUGAGCUUCUUCGUAGAUGACUUCUUUCAAAAGCAUCGGGAGAACAUCGGCCAGGACAGGAGAGCUGUAUGGAGGCUCAGGACGGCCUGCGAGGCAGCCAAGCGCCUGCUGUCUUCCAACGGGAAAGCCAGCGUCCGCCUGGACGGCCUGUACGAAGGGAUCGACUUCCAUGCAGACAUCACCCGGGCCCAGUUUGAGGAGCUGUGUGCCGGCCUCUUCCAGAGGACUCUGGAGCUUGUAGACAGGGCGCUGCAGGAUGCAGGUCUAAGCCAAGCCCAGAUCCACGAUGUGAUCCUGGUCGGCGCCUCCACCCGCAUCCCCAAGAUCCAGCAGCUGCUCCAGGAUUUCUUUGCAGGCCGGCAGCUGAACAGAAGCCUUAAUCCUGAGGAAGCCGUGGUCUCUGGGGCAGCUGUCCAGGCUGCCAUCCUCAUGCAGGACAAGUCACAGGUCACCCGGAGCUUGCUUGCCUUGGAUAUAGCAUCCCUGUCCCUGGGGAUCGAGGCAGGCAUAGGGAAGAUGCACACCCUGAUCAAACGCCGCUCGGCCGUUCCCGUUGUGGUCACCCGGACCUUCACCACAUUUGACGACCACCAGCCUGACCUCAUCAUCCGAGCCUAUGAAGGGGAGGGGGCGACCACCGAGGAAAACCACCUCCUUGGCUCUUUCCUCUUGAAGGGCCUUUGCCCUGUCCCUCGCGGCAUGCUGUUGGUGGAGGUGACCUUCUACAUCAACGCGGAUGGCAUCCUGACAGUGUUCGCCCGGGACAAGGCUUCUAGCAACGCUAGCGCGAUCGCUGUUGAUGCCCGUAAGGGGCGGCUGAGCAGGGACGAGCUGCAGAAGCUAGCGGCGGACCAUGAGAAAUACCAAGCAGAAGACAGGGCGCAGAAGUGGAAGCUGGUCACCAAGAAUUACCUCCAGUCCUGCGUUUUCAGCGUGAAGCGAACCUCGGAAGACAUCCUGUGCUACCUCACCUUGCAAGCCAAGAAGAAGAUGGUGGAGAAGUGCCAGCAGGCUUUCUCCUGGCAGUCCAGCCAGAUGGCUGAAAAAGAGGAGGUCAGGGCCAAUGAAGAUGGUCUCGGGACCAUCAGUGUCGGGACCGAAGUCCCUCGGUAGUAGCGCAGCAAGGAUCAACAGGAAAAGGCCGAAUAAGUUUGUGGUCACCACUUGCAGCUGGACCGUCCAGUUUACCCAAACCACCACUG